UGACCUGUAGAUGAUGUCAAGAAGAUAGCAUAUUGUGCCAGCCAAUUUAUGUACACGUUUUUCGGACAAAAAGGGAUGGGAUUUUCCUCCCCAAGUUUCAGUUACAGUUAAGCUUGCCUCGUCGAAUGACAGGAUAUGCUUAACAUUUAGACACCUCUGGACACUUAAGAUCUUAUCAUUUUUCACUGUUUGCAUAUUGAAAUAAUCUUAUCAAAACUUAUCAAAAUGACUCUUGAUUAUAUUUCUGACGAAAAUCUGGAAAAGACGCUGAGCAAGUUUGGAGAUCAGUCGGACGAAUAUACGGACGAUGAAAACAGAGCAAUUCAAGAAUACUUUGAACUCUUUGACAAUGACGAAGAAACACUACCUUUUAGAAAAUACGCUACAAAAGGCUUGGUAAUUCCCGGACUAAGGAGCUGCAAUUUGGACGCAAAAUUGGCAUUCAAAUCGAUGAAAGCACUUCAUUACCAUGCGACUAAAACCUAUCCGGAACUCUUUGCUCAAUUGGACCCCUUAAAACUCAAGCCUAUUAUAGAGAAAAAGUUGUUCCAAGUUGUCAAACGCCCCGUCGACAAGGGCCCCGCAAUCGUUGUUUUUAGAAUUAGAAAUUGGAAACCUUCAGAAGCCAACAUUGAGCACCUCGCGUUGACAGGUGCCCUUUAUAUCUACGCCGUUGCUAAAAUGUCGGCCGAAAUACAACGUCAAGGUAUAAUUGUGGUUUCGGACGUUUCUGGAUUUAAACUUGCGCAUGCGAGACAAGCGUCGGUGGACCUGAUCAUGAUGUCUUUAAGAUUGUACACCACCAUGCCGCCCAUGAUUAAGGGCAUGGUCGCGAUCAAUUCUCUACGUUUAUUUGAAGCAUCGUUCAACAUGUUUAAAUGGAUUCUUCCAGAAGACAUCAGAAAAAUUAUGCACAUUACAAGAAAUGAUAUGUCACACAUGACCAAACUAAUGGCUCCGGACAGGCUUCCGGUUGAAUUUGGAGGAACGAUACCGGAUGAAGAGGCGUACAUGGACCAAAUUGAGGAUGAAAUUCUGAAAGAUCCCGAACUUUUCAUUCUAAUCAAACAUGUACAAGACGAGUUCAUGGCGACGAAUGGGAUUAAGAGAAAGCACUCAAAUAAAUUUAAUAAAAUUUAAUUACGUGAAAUGUUCCACGAAAUUCGAUGAAAUGUUGAGGAUUGUAGAUAUCAUAUAUUAUUUAUAUAUUGAGAGAAUAAAAGAUUAUGUCCAUUGAGCAACAA